UAUCCGCCGACCCGUAGCAGUGAGCCACUGAAGUUCAGCAGCCAGCCCCGUGGGCCUCAAGAUUCUUUUUGCCGCUCAGGAUGGAGAGCUCAGACCUGAAGAUGUCUCUAGAGGCGCAGGUGAUCGCCAUGUCCUACGUAGGCCUGAUGUUGCUGCUGCCGGUGAUCCUAUGGACGAUUUCAGGGCGUGCACUACUCUCUGUCCUCGCGGCACUCUGCGGGACGUUUAGCUAUAUUUACUGGGGCACAUUCUUCUGCGGUAUUAUCGCUAGAGCCGCGAGAAGACUUGACGAGCGAUUUCAAUCAACCGCUUUCCGCCGUGCCGCGACUUGGAUAACUUUGAGUAUGAUCAGAGUCUACGGAAAAAUCGUGCACGGGUACGAGAUACACGGCAAGGAGAACCUACCAAAGAACACCGGCGGACUCUUGGUCUACCAUCACGCAUUGAUACCACUAGAUGUAGUCUACCUCUCGGCUGACCAGUAUUUCGAGAAUAAUCGAAUAUUGGGCGGAAUCAUCAGUCGGGCAAACUAUGCCUUCAUGCGGAGUUUGUGCGAGAUCCUCGAGUUCUUCACGGAGCGAGAUCGUCUCGUCGACGAUUUGAAGAAAGGUCACAUCCGUUCACUGUCUCCGGGAGGGCAAAUCGAAGCCACGUACAGCCAAAAUUACGAAUUGAUCUGGAGCGGCCGUGUCGGAUUUGCCAAAGUCGCGAAAGAAUGCGGAGUCCCCGUGAUUCCCAUGUUCAUGGUCAAUUCCGAGCAAGCGAUGCCGGUCAAAACCUAUGGCUUCCGAGAAAGGUUGUGGAGAGCAUCUAAACCGAUAAAAAAACUCAUCCACAUACCGCUGAUAUGCUUCCCGGUCAAACUCCGGAUUUUCAUCGGCGAACCGCUCCUGUGCGGGAAAGACGAGACUCCGGAGUCUUUCGCGGAACGAGUCAAGGCUGCGAUCAAUCGCUUGCGGGACGAGCAUCAGAGGCGACCUGGGAGCAUUCCCAUCGCGUUCCUGGAGCGAUUCGGGUACGAACCAUUCAGACGUGAGGCGAAGAAGAACUCGCUUUGAUACACAAUCGU